AUGGCGGCAUCUCCGAAGGCGGACUUUCACGCUCAGCUCGAGCCCGAGAGCUGCCCAAUCUGCUGCAAGAUACUAUCUCAGCCGACGAAGACAGAAUGCGGUCACCUGUUUUGCCUCCCUUGCCUUCUCCACUGGACAGAGUCGUGCCACACCUGCCCUUCUUGCCAGGAUCCGCUAUACUCUGAGUCUGCUGCGGCAGCUGAUCCCGCGAACGUCAACUGGACCGCGUGUGAGUCAGAGUACAACUCCAUCGAGCGCGACGUCGACGCACUGCGGGCCUCUGUUGCCGCAUUGCGAGUGCACGCCAUCCAAAGAGAACGAGACACUUCCACCGAGCGCGAGAGCUCUCCAUGGACCUCAACUUCACGUCAGCAGGCCGAGCUGUUAGUCCGAGCACGUGCUGAGCGACAGGGUGCCGAAGAAAGCACUCCACUUCCAUUUGAGGACAGGCAAGAACUCGAGAGACUGCGGAAGGUGAUCAUCCGUCGGCUGGGAGGUAGUGACGCAGGUCAAGACGAUGACGAGGCGAGUGAGGAACUUAGCAUCAAUCAAGUCACGGCCCUCAUCGAGAACCUUCGAACUUUCGACCGAGCACCACCAGCAUCUUCACGCCAACCUCAAGUUCAGGGAGCGGCUGCUUCGAACUCGUCGCCUCCUAUCCGCACCUCUGACACUGCCAGAGACAGUGCCCCUCUUUCGGCGGCGGAGGUCCUGAGACAAGCCAUGCCACUGCCACCAUUGAGAGUGGAAGUCGUCCACGAGUCGGUCACCGUCCUGCGACCAUCUUCACCGAUAUUCUACACACGUUAG